GCACACCACGCAUGCGCACACGAGUUUUGUGGAAAUUUAAUAAGGCGAGUGGCUUCAUCCAAUCAGAGCAGAACAAAAUGAGAGAAAUCGUUCAUCUGCAAGCUGGUCAGUGUGGGAAUCAGAUUGGUGGAAAAUUUUGGGAGGUGAUCAGUGAUGAACACGGAAUCGACCCGACUGGGACGUACCACGGUGACAGCGACAUGCAACUUGAGCGGAUUAAUGUGUAUUACAAUGAAGCCACUGGUGGCAAGUAUGUUCCUCGGGCUGUGUUGGUGGACUUGGAGCCAGGGACCAUGGACUCUGUAAGAUCAGGUCCUUUUGGCCAAGUGUUCAGACCAGACAACUUCGUCUUUGGUCAGAGUGGGGCUGGAAAUAACUGGGCCAAAGGCCAUUAUACUGAAGGUGCUGAACUGGUGGACUCUGUGCUGGAUGUUGUACGUAAAGAGGCUGAGAGCUGUGACUGCCUACAGGGCUUCCAGCUCACUCACUCCUUAGGCGGAGGCACUGGUUCCGGCAUGGGCACGCUGCUCAUCAGCAAGAUCCGUGAGGAGUAUCCCGACCGCAUCAUGAACACGUUCAGUAUUGUGCCUUCCCCUAAAGUCUCAGACAGUGUGGUGGAGCCCUACAACGCCACUCUGUCUGUGCACCAACUAGUGGAGAACACAGAUGAAACAUUCUGCAUCGACAAUGAAGCACUUUAUGACAUCUGUUUUCGCACUUUAAAGCUCACAACUCCCACUUUUGGUGAUCUCAACCAUCUUGUCUGUGCCACCAUGAGUGGUGUGACCACUUGUCUUCGUUUUCCUGGACAGCUCAAUGCUGACCUGCGCAAACUAGCUGUCAAUAUGGUGCCCUUCCCUCGUCUGCAUUUCUUCACUCCUGGUUUUGCCCCUCUCACCAGCAGAGGAAGCCAGCAGUACCGUGCGCUCACGGUGCCGGAAUUAAUCCAACAGAUGUUUGACGCCAAGAAUAUGAUGGCAGCAUGUGACCCGCGCCAUGGCCGCUACUUGACCGUGGCUGCUGUGUUUCGGGGCCGCAUGUCAAUGAAAGAGGUGGAUGAGCAGAUCCUCAAUGUGCAGAAUAAAAACAGCAGCUAUUUUGUGGAGUGGAUCCCCAACAAUGUCAAAACAGCUGUGUGUGAUAUCCCACCAAGAGGGCUUAAGAUGUCUGCCACCUUCAUUGGUAACACCACAGCCAUCCAAGAGAUGUUCAAACGUAUCUCUGAGCAGUUCACAGCCAUGUUCAGAAGAAAGGCCUUCCUGCAUUGGUACACAGGAGAAGGAAUGGAUGAGAUGGAAUUCACUGAAGCAGAGAGCAACAUGAAUGACCUUGUGUCUGAGUACCAGCAGUACCAGGAUGCCACAGCCGAAGAAGAGGGUGAGCUUGAGGGAGAUGAAGAUGAGGAUGCGGCAUAAAGAGUUGCAUUGAAAAACAUCCUAAAUGAGCUUGACAAGAGAUCACUUAAAGGCUUAGUAAAAUCAAAUUGUCAAAAAAACAGAGCACUAUGAUUAAUAGUGAACGUAAGCAUUUCCGUACAUACAAUAUGAUGAAAACUCAAGGGAUUGGGACUAAACAGCAUGUGGGGGGCAUAUACAGUAUGUGUUAUGAUCUUGGGUUGACUGGAUAGCAAUGUUAUGU